GCCGGCGUGGUUUUAUUUUGAAAGGUAUUGACCGGACGCGAACUCCUCGUCUGUUAGCGCUUCCCGUGCUUCAGGACUACACGCUGUACCUUCUGCAGAGCAGCAGAGUGGACGUGGGAAGUCAAGCUAACGUGGGUCUUAUUAUAGACUUUUGCAUAGUUUUUUUGAUACGGCGAUAUUCUAUGAAGUUUACUUUGAUAUCCGUGCGCUCAGAAAGGACUUUGAAAGCCGCUAGCUAGCUAACUGUACCGUUAGCGGUACAUCAGAGAGUUUGCAUUACAUCACCGUCUGAAUUACCUGCGUGUGUAACGUCAACUCACGUUACUGUUUUUUGGAGAAUCAAAAUAAUCUUUUUUCUGUAACCGAAGCGUUGACACGUUAUAGCCCAGUCCUCUGCUCCGCUGUUGGCAACGAUGAGCCGCGUGAAGGAAGAAACUCGAAGUGGGUCUCCUCACUGCCCCAAACCGGAUGAGUCUGAGGAGCCUCUGGGCACAGCCAUGGAGACUGGAGCUGCCAAUGACGUCAGUGUGAAAUCUGAAAAUGCGACAUCUGAGGUGGUCAUCACCAAGGAAAUGGAGGAUGAAGAGAAGAAGCUGAUGGAGGAAGGGGAGAGGAAAGAAAAAGAGAUGAUGGAAAAGGCUCUACAAACCCAGAAUAGAGAUUCACACGACAUGCGGUUCAAGAGGCUGCAGCAUUUGCUCCAGAAGAGCAACAUCUACUCCAAAUUCUUGCUGACUAAGAUGGAGCAACAACAGAGCGAGGAGAACCUCAGGAAGGAGAGAGUUGAAAAGAAGUCCAAGAAGAACACAAACAGUGCAGAGCCGGAGAAAGAUAAAAAGAAGAGGAAAAGGGAUGAGGAGUUCAAAAUAGCAGAUGUCAUGUCAAAAGAAGAAAUCUUAUCGCAGGCCAAGAAAACAAAAGUGGAGGAAGCGGACAUGGCGCCGGUCCAGGUGAAACUAGAAGCCGAAGACAUCGAGAAGAUGAGCGACUCCAACGAGGACAUCAAGAACCGCCUGUCGGAGACGGUGCGAGACAACGCCAAGCACCUCCUGCAUCCCCACAGGAAGGUGAACGGCGAGCCGGUCCCGGCCCAGCAGCCGCAGCUCUUCACCGGAGGGGUCAUGAGGUCGUACCAGAUAGAGGGCACCGAGUGGCUGAGGAUGCUGUGGGAGAACGGCAUCAAUGGCAUCCUGGCCGACGAGAUGGGACUGGGGAAGACCAUCCAGUGCAUCGCUCACGUCGCCAUGAUGAUAGAGAAGAAAGUGAUGGGCCCCUUCCUGGUAGUGGCCCCUCUCUCCACUCUGCCCAACUGGAUGAGCGAGUUCAAGCGCUUCACGCCAGAGGUGUCUGUGCUGCUUUACCACGGCCCCCAGGCGGAGAGGGCCAAGGUGCUGAAGCAGAUCCGUAGACCUCAGGGGGCCCUCAGCAUGUGCCCUGUGGUGCUCACCUCCUUCGAGAUCGCAAUGAUAGACAGAAAGCUCCUACAGCGAUUCCAGUGGAAGUACCUGAUAGUGGACGAGGGCCACAGGAUCAAAAACCUCAACUGCCGGUUGGUGCGGGAGCUGAAGAUGCUGCCCACCGACAACAAGCUGCUGCUGACCGGCACGCCGCUGCAGAACAACCUGGCCGAGCUCUGGUCCCUCCUCAACUUCCUCCUGCCAGAGGUCUUCGACGACCUCAAGAGCUUCGAGUCGUGGUUUGACAUCAGCACCAUCGGUGAAGCGGAGACCAUGGUUGCUACUGAGCGCGAGCAGAACAUCCUGAACAUGCUGCACCAGAUCCUGACUCCGUUCCUGCUCAGGAGGCUGAAGGCGGACGUGACACUGGAGAUUCCUCCAAAGAAGGAGAUCAUUGUUUACGCUCCUCUGACGGCCAAACAGGAGGCCUUUUACACUGCCGCAGUCAACAAAACCCUCGCCAAGAUGCUGGGCAAGGAGAAGACGGAGGCUCCCGUGGUGUUGACACCAGGUGGGCGGCCGAAGCGCGUCUGUCGAAAGGUGAUGGAUUACGAAGAGACAAACGGGGACACGCCGUACGACCUGGAGAAAUAUCUGGAGAUGGUCCGCAAGGAGCAAGAGCAGAGCCCAUCUCCGGUGCUAGAUGUCCAGAGCCCGCUGGACGCCCAGAUCAACCUGAAGCUGCAGAACAUUCUCAUGCUGCUAAAGAAAGCAUGUAACCACCCCUACCUGCUGGAGUACCCCCUGGACCCGGCCACACAGGAGUUCAAGAUUGAUGAGCAGCUGGUGAAGAGCUCCGGGAAGUUUCUCAUACUGGACAGACUCCUGCCUGCACUGAAGGAACGGGGACACAAGGUUCUGAUCUUCAGUCAGAUGACGUCCAUCCUGGACAUCUUGGUGGAUUACUGCUAUCUGCGGGGCUUUGAGUACAGCCGUCUGGACGGCAGCAUGUCCUACUCUGACCGAGACGAAAACAUGACCAAGUUCUCCAAAGACCCGGAGGUGUUCCUCUUCCUGCUGAGCACCAGAGCCGGAGGACUCGGGAUCAACCUGACGGCUGCCGACACCGUCAUCAUCUUCGACAGUGACUGGAACCCCCAGGCGGACCUGCAGGCUCAGGACCGCUGCCACCGAAUCGGACAGACCAAACCGGUGGUUGUGUACCGGUUGGUCACGGCCAACACCAUCGACGAGAAGAUCCUGGAGAAGGCCUCGGCCAAGAGGAAGCUGGAGCAGAUGGUCAUCCACAAGAAUAAGUUCAAAGGCUCGAAGGCGGAGCUGAAAAACAGCAAGAGCUGCAUCGAUCUGGAUGAGCUGAUGUCGCUGCUCAAAGCCAGAGGCACGGAGAAGGAGGUGAAAGCAUCGAGGGGGAAGGUGAUCAGCGACAAGGACCUGGAGCUCUUGCUGGAUCGCAGCGACUUGCUGGACAAAGGAAAGGAGAGUGUGAAGAAGGAGAAGGUGGGAGUCUUCAGAGUGAUCGAAGCCAAAGAGUCGUCUGAGAUCACGUUGACCUGAGAACACUCCAGUCUUCAUGGAGGUUUUCAUGAACUUCUGACCACAGUUCCUUCUCAAGAAAAAAAAAAAGCUAAAGCCGCACACCGAUGGCUCACAACUGCCGUCACAUGUAGAAGAAAAAAUGUCCUGAAACUGCUGUUUGUAGACUUUUCUGUCUUUUACUUUACCUGUCUUGAUAGUUUAAAAAAAGUUUCUUUUUUGCUUAACCACUGUACCCCUUUUUAAGGUUGUGAUUAUCUUUUGGGUUUUUGACAGCCCUCACUGGUCAUUUUCAUGCUAAAAGAUGACGAAAGAAAUAUUCAGUUUGCUCAGGUUUGUCAGCUCAGAGGAGGUCACCCACAACACAACAUUCCACUCGUGAAAAACAUUCCAAAUGUGUAGAAAUGACUGGUGGAGGCUUUCUUCACUUCAGGAAGUUUACAAAGAACAUUAUUAUUGUUGUUGAGUCUCCUGUCCUUGGCUCAAGCUGUUCUCUGACAUGGCCUAUGCACCUGUUUUACUAGAUGUAGUGACACGUUCUAGUCAUGUUAGUCCUCUUGAUCUUUCUUCGUCCAUUUCAAAACAGAUGAUUCAUGUUGUAAUCAAAGCACUUUCCUGCAGGUUAAGCAUACUUGUUCUUUUAUUUCUUUUUUUUAUAUAAAUAAACUGUUAUUCCAUGACUUUUAUGUUUUUGGUUUUUUUUCGUCAUAAAAAAAACAUUGUCCAGUCAGAUUCUGAUUUCUAGUAUUGAGAAGAAAUGCUCUCCAUUUUCCUAUCAAGGCCUAUGCCACUUUCCAAAGAAUGUAACUUUUAGGCCUUUGCCAGUGCAAUCUGUGGCAUUGCUUUCUUUUGGCUGUGAUGCUAAUAAAACAGUUCUCUACUUA